AUCUGAUUCUUUUCCUUUGUCCCUACCCUUCCACACACAUUACAACCACCGCCAACUCCUUCUCCAACUUCAAACUAAAACCCUCUUUGAUCUUUCUUUUGCAAAUUUUUCUUUUUUCUCUUUAAUAAAAAUUUCUGACUCUACCCCACAACGCAGCUAUCUUGAAACUUGAAAGUCAAGAAAGAAUAACAAACGCAAAAGGCCAACAACACUUUCUCUGACACCCAAGCAGAGAAACCGAAUUCCCACUUCACAAACACAAAAAAGGUUCAAACUUGACCCACCCCACAUCAAAAUAAUUCCAAUUUCUUAUCUGGGUAAUCUUCCUUCGAUUGAGGAAUGUCAAUAAGAGCACACGGUGGCUCAAAGAGGCACCAGCAACUGCAAAACGCCAUGCCGGUGCACCCAAUUGAGGAACUUCCCUCUCCGUUCGGCGACCCGGCUGCGAAUUUUUCCGAAUCGGAGCUCCGAGAAACGGCCUAUGAGAUCCUCGUCGGGGCUUGCCGGAGUUCGGGGCCGAAGCCGUUGACGUUCAUAUCGCAGUCGGAGAGGGGGGAUCGGGAUCGGACUCCGGCGCCGGCGCCGUCGUUGCACAGGUCGCUGACUUCGACGGCGGCGAGCAAGGUGAAGAAGGCUUUGGGUCUCAAAACGACGUCGUCUAAGGGGAGCAAGCGCGCAACGACGACGGGGGAGUUGGUGAGAGUGCAGAUGAAGAUAUCUGAGCAGAGUGAUACCAGAAUUAGAAGAGCACUUCUCAGAAUUGCUGCUGGCCAGCUUGGAAGACGCAUGGAGUCGGUGGUUCUUCCACUGGAGCUGAUACAACUGUUCAGGAGCUCAGAUUUUCCCAGUCAACCAGAGUAUGAGGCUUGGUUGAGGAGAAAUUUGAAGGUUCUUGAGGCAGGGCUUCUCUUCUAUCCUCACCUUCCGAUAGAUAAGACAGACACUUCUGCACAGCGCCUCCGGCGCAUAAUUCGUGGAGCCCUUGAAAAACCCAUGGAUAUUGGAAAGAACAGUGAAUCAAUGCAAACCUUCCGGAGUGUUGUUAUGUCUCUUGCAUAUAGAUCAUCUGAUGGGUCUGUUUCUGAGACAUGCCACUGGGCUGAUGGGUAUCCACUGAACCUCUGGAUCUACCAAACUCUUUUAGAAGCUUGUUUUGAUAUUAAUGCUGAAUCUUCUGUGAUUGAAGAGGUCGAUGAGGUCUUAGAGCUCAUUAAGAAGACCUGGGUUAUGCUUGGAAUUAAUGAUAUGUUGCAUAAUAUUUGUUUCUCAUGGGUCUUAUUUCAUCGUUAUGUGGUCACUGGCCAAGUGGACUAUGAUCUACUGUUUGCAUCAAGUAAUCUCCUAGCCGAAGUUGAGAAAGAUAAUGAGGCCACAAAAGAUCCUUUAUACUCAAGAAUUUUGAGCUCCACUUUGAGUUCGGUACUAAGCUGGGCAGAGAAAAGGCUCCUUGCGUAUCAUGAUACUUUCCAUAGUGGUAAUAUUGAAUCAUUGGAAAGCAUUGUUUCUGUUGCUGCAUUAUCAGCAAAGAUAUUAGAUGAAGAUAUCUCUCAUGAGUAUAAUUGGAAGAAGAAAGAAGCUGACGCAGCUUACUCUAGCGUUGAUAAUUAUAUUAGAUCAUCAUUGCGUGCUGUUUUCACUCAGAAAUUGGAGAAACUGGACCCAAGCAAGCAUCCAUCUAGAAAACAGAAUAAAGCCUUUCCCAUUCUUUCUGUCCUUGCUCGAGAUAUAACCGAACUGGCUUUUAACGAGAAAGCAAUAUUUAGUCCCAAACUGAAGAGAUGGCAUCCUCAUGCCGCAGGUGUUGCCGUUGCUACCCUUCAUGUUUGUUAUGGAAAUGAGUUGAAGAAGUAUGUUAAGAGUAUUAAUGAGUUGACACCCGAUGCUAUAGAAGUUCUGAUGGCUGCCGACAGAUUGGAGAAAGAUCUGGUGCAGAUAGCAGUGGAAGAUUCUGUUGACAGUGAAGAUGGUGGAAAAUCCAUUAUAAGGGAGAUGCAACCUUAUGAGGCUGAAGCUGUAAUUGCUAGUCUGGUUAAGUCAUGGAUAGAGAUCAGAGUGGAUAGACUGAGAGAAUGGGUUGACAGAAAUUUGAAUCAAGAGGUAUGGAAUCCACAGGCAAAUAAAGAGGGCUUUGCUCCUUCUGCCGUGGAAGUUCUACGGAUCAUAGAUGACACUCUGGAGGCUUUCUUUCUAUUGCCUAUACCCAUGCAUGUAGUUUUGUUACCUGAGUUGAUGUAUGGUCUUGACAAAUCUCUCCAACAAUACAUCUUGAAGGCCAAAUCUGGCUGUGGGAACAGUAAUACUUUCAUCCCAGCUAUGCCUGUGUUGACUAGGUGUUCAACAAAAUCAAAGUUUAAUGGUGUAUUUCGGAAAAAAGAAAAGUCACAAAUGAUUCAGAGGAGGAAAGCCCAUGUGGGAACCACAAAUGGUGAUAACUCGAUUGAUAUACCCCAGAUGUGUGUUCGCGUCAAUACUAUGCAACGAAUUCGAAUGGAGGUAGGGGUUUUGGAAAAGAGGAUAGUUGCCAAUCUCAGCAGUUCUAAAUCUGCCUACGAGGAUGAUAUAGCAAAUGGGGCAAGCUUGAAGUUCAAGCUUUCUGCAUCUGCUGCUGUGGAAGGUAUCCAUCAACUCUGCGAGUGUAUAGCAUACAAAAUCAUUUUCCACAAUCUAUGUCAUGUUCUUUCGGAUGGCCUCUAUGUUGGAGAAGUUUCAUCCACCAGGAUUGAGUCUUUCAUUCAGGAGCUUGAGCAAUACUUGGAGGUUAUAUCAUCAACAGUGCACGAUAAAGUUAGAACACGUGUGAUUGUUGAAGUAAUGCAAGCUUCUUUUGAAGGGUUCUUGUUGGUCUUGUUAGCUGGAGGUCCGUCUCGUGCAUUCUCUCGGCAAGAUUCUGUUAUUGUAGAGGAAGAUUUCAAGUUUCUGACCGACUUAUUCUGGUCCAAUGGAGAUGGGUUGCCACCUGAAUUGAUAGAAAAGCAUUCUGCCACUGUCAGAAGUGUACUUCCUUUGUUUCAUGCGGAUACUGAUCACAUAAUUCAGCAAUUCAAUCAACUUACUGUGGACAUGUAUGGUUCUACAGCCAAAUCCCGGCUUCCAUUACCUCCUACAGCUGAUCAAUGGAGCCCAAGAGAACCAAACACACUUCUGAGAGUUUUGUGUUAUAGGAAUGAUGAAGCGGCUGCCAAGUUUCUUAAGAAGAAUUACAACUUGCCCAAGAAGGUCUAACAGUUGAUAAGUAACUCCUCUGAUAUGCUACGCCUUCCCAUCUCAUAAGUUUUUAUUGGGUCAUUUUUUGUGUUUUGAUUCUACGGCUGGUUUCUGAGGACAUGUUUUAGGUAGGUGGGAUGUAUUAUACCCUUGCCGAUUAACCUUAGGAAAUAUGGUGCUUUUUCAUCAAUAAUGCCCGAUAGUAUACUUUGUACAGGUGUGAUUCUUCGGCUUGCUAAUUUGUUCGCUUAUUUUCAGCUCGUGUCAAAAUGCAAUUACUAAUAGCAUGUUAAUACAGAGAAAUAUUCAAAAUUAGUUAUUAUUUGUUUUAUAAUUUCACGAUGAAUGGUCUAUUUAAUUGUUAGCACUGUCAUUCUGUCCCCACAAACUACUUGAGCUUGAUCUUGUAAAAGAAAUGAAAUUAUUUAUUUGUG